GCAGAAGCAUGUUACCCACAAUGCCCUGCGCGUUUACGUCAUCUUUAAGGGCCCGGCAUCCAUGAUGGCGGCGCUGGGUGCAGCAGAAGUCAUCACACAGCUGGAAAGCGCUGCCAAAGUUUUAAUGGCACCACCGUCAAUGGUGAGCACAGAACAGCGCCAACAAGCCGAGCAUGUCUUCCUCUCCUUCAGAAAGUCCAAGUCACCCUUUGCCAUUUGUAAACACAUCUUAGAGAGCAGCAAGGUGGAUUACGUGCUGUUCGAGGCAGCCACCGCUAUCAUGGAGGCGGUGGUGCGGGAGUGGAUCCUGCUUGAGAAAGCUGCCAUCGAGUCCCUGCGAGCUUUUCUGCUCACAUACGUGCUGCACAGACCAAACUUGCAGAAGUACGUGCGUGAACAGAUGUUGCUGGCGGUGGCAGUCAUCGUCAAGCGUGGCACCCUAGACAAAACUGUCAGCUGCAAAAGUAUCUUCCUGGAAGUGGGCCAGCUCAUCAGCAGCGGGAACCCUAAUGUGCAAACCCUAGCGUGUUCCAUUCUGACCGCCUUGCUCAGUGAGUUCUCCAGCUCCAGCAAGACCAGCAGCAUCGGGCUCAGCAUGGAGUUCCACGGAAGCUGCAAAAGACUCUUCCAGGAGGAGGGCCUGCGUCAGAUUUUUGCCCUGACAAUGGAGGUUCUGCAGGAGUUCAGCCAGCGGGAGAACAUCAGCGCUCAGAUGUCGUGCGUCUUCCAACGGUACCUGGCCUUGGCCAAUCAGGUGCUCAGCUGGAACUUCCUUCCGCCCAAUUUGGGGCGGCACUACAUCGCCAUGUUCGAGGCAGCGCAGAACGUCAUGCUCAAGCCCACCGAGACCUGGAGGGAGGCGCUGCUGGACACCAGGGUCAUGGAUCUCUUCUUCACCGUCCACAGAAAGAUCCGCGAGGAUUCCGACAUGGCCCAGGACUCGUUGCAGUGUCUGGCUCAGCUGGCAUCCAUGCAUGGGCCCAUCUUCCCUGACGAAAGCGCCCAAAUCUCCUAUUUGGCCCACCUGGUUGAGGGCUUGCUCAGCAUGAUCAAUGGUAUUGAAAUUGAGGACUCUGAGGCAGUGGGCAUCUCCAACAUCAUCUUCAACCUGAUCACCAUGUUCCCCAAGAGCGUGCUGACGGCGCUGCCUAGUGAACUCUUCACCUCCUUCAUCAACUGCCUCACAAUGCUCACCUGCUCCUUUGGUCGCAGCGCUGCACUGGAGGAGGUGUUGGACAAGGACGACAUGGUGUACAUGGAAGCCUACGACCGGCUGCUGGAGUCGUGGCUGAAGCUGGUGCAGGACGAAGAGCAUUUCCCUCGUGGCUGCUUCGUCCAGCCCGCCGUGCAGGUUUUCAACGCCUACAUCCAGUGUCACCUUGCUGCGCCAGACGGCACCCGUAACUUGUCGGGGAACGGCCUGUCCACUCAUGACGAGGACGAGAUUAACGAGCUGCAAGAAGAUGACAGAGAGCUGUUCUCAGACCAGCUGUCCAGCAUUGGGACGCUAGGCCGUGUGGCUUCAGACCACUGCAUCCCCCUUCUCACCAGCCUCCUGGAGGAGCGUGUGACUCGGCUGCACGGUCAGCUGCAGAGGACACAACAGCACCUGAUGUCCUUGUCAGACCCGACGUCCGUCGAUCACAAAGUUCUUGACGAUCUCUACGAAGACAUCCACUGGCUCAUCCUGGUCUCGGGUUACCUCCUGGCGGACGACCCACAAGGGGAGACGCCAAUGAUCCCUCCCGAAGUGAUGGAGUUUUCUGUCAAGCGCUCGACUGAGGUGGACAUGAACACCACUUUGCAAAUCUUGGGCUCGCCGGGCGAGAGGGCCUCGUCCAUCCCGGGCUGCGACCGCACCGACUCGGUCAUCAGGUUGCUGUCAGCCGUGUUGAGGACGUCCGAGGUGGAGUCGAGGGCUAGCAGGGCCAGUUUAACACAGCUGUUGAGUCCUCAGAUGGGCAAAGACGUGGUUUGGUUCCUGAGACGCUGGGCUAGAACCUACCUGCUCAUGGACGAGAAGCUUUACCAGCAGGUAAGCGUCCCGUUCAGCACGGCGUUCGGCUCCGACACAGAGGGCGCCCAGUGGAUCGUGGGCUACCUGCUGGAGAAAGUCAUCACCAAUCUUUCAGUAUGGAGCUCCGAAACGGAGCUGGCCAAUGACACGGUGGAGCUGCUGGUGACGCUGGUGGAGCACCGGCAGAGAGCCAACAUGGUGGUGCAGUGCGAGAGCUGGUGGAACCUGGCCAAGCAGUUCGCAGGACGCACCCCACCGCUGCACUUGCUGUCCAGCUCGGUGCAGAGGACCCUCAUGAAGGCUCUUGUGCUGGGGGGCUUCGCGCAAAUGGAUGCUGACACCAAGCAACAGUACUGGGCUGAGGUGCUGCACCCUCUGCAGCAGCGCUUCCUCAACCUCAUCAACCAGGAGAACUUUGCUCAGAUGAGCCAGGAGGAGGCGGUCAAGCAGGAGAUCGUGGCCACACUGGAGGCACUUUGCGGCAUCGCCGAGGCUACCCAGAUCGACAACGUGGCCUCGCUCUUCUCCUUCCUCAUGGACUUUUUGACCAGCUGCAUCGGACUCAUGGAGGUGUACAGUAACACGCCAGAGACCAUCAACCUCAUCAUUGAAGUCUUCGUGGAAGUGGCCCAUAAGCAGAUCUGCUACCUGGGAGAGAACAAGUCCAUGAAGCUGUACGAGGCGUGCCUGACGCUGCUGCAGGUUUACUCCAAGAACAACCAGAGCAGAAAGCGCAGCGACGCCGCGGCUGAGGAAGACCAAUACCAGGACCUGCUGCUCAUCAUGGAGCUGCUCAUCAACCUGCUGUCCAAAGAGUUCAUCGACUUCAGUGACACAGACGAUGUUUUCCGCAGCCAAGAGCAAGGCACGCCGACGUCCACUCGGCCGGUGUCGGCCGCCGACGUGGUCCUGUACGGCAUCAACAUCGUCCUUCCACUUAUGUCUCAGGAUCUUCUUAAGUUCCCGUCUUUGUGCAACCAGUACUACAAACUCAUCACGUUCAUCUGCGAGAUCUUCCCCGAGAAGAUUCCGCAGUUGCCCGAGGAGCUUUUCAAGAGCCUUAUGUUCUCGCUGGAGCUCGGCAUGACUUCUAUGGGUUCGGAGGUCAGUCAGCUGUGUUUGGAAGCUCUGUCACCAUUGGCCGAGCAGUGUGCCAAAAACCAGGAGAAGGACACGCCCCUUUUCUUGGCUACGCGACACUUCCUGAAGCUGGUGUUCGACAUGUUGGUGCUGCAGAAACACAACACUGAGAUCACAGUGGCGGCGGGAGAAGCGCUUUACACGCUCGUCUGUUUACAUCAGGCGGAGUACUCGGAUUUAGUGGAAUCACUGCUGUCGUCGCAGCGCGACGCGGUCAUCUACGGGCGUCUGGUGGCCGCCUUCAACACGCUGACAGCCAGUAGCACGCCACCCGCCAUGGAGCGCAAGCAAAAGAUGGCUUUCCUCAAGAGCCUGGACGACUUUGUGGCCAACGUGGGCGGCCUGCUCUGCGUCAAGUAACUGACGUCCGCUGUGAAUUAUGGGUAAAGAGUCAGGACGCUUAUCACGGCGACCCGCUGAACUGUGAUGCGGACGAACGGACAGCUGGGAGGUCACUCGACUACCAGGCAAAGCUGCUGAAACCACACACGUACACAACAAACUGUGUAAUUGGAAGGUGACAAAGAUUUUUGUUUUCUCCCUCAGUGUGACAUGUUGAAUGCCUUUGAACUUGUUAAAGGACCAUUAUGUUUAAAGAAUGUACACACAUUUGGAUAUACACACUAAAUAAGUUGAUAUGCUUACAGUGUGUACUAUAUAGUCACACACGUACACGCACUCAAACACUUGCGCCAAAAUACACACAUUCUUAACCCACUGGAUGCCAUUGAUGGUGAUAGAUGAUCCGUAGUUGCUUUAAAAAUGACUAACAUUUUGCCACUGAUUUACCAAAUAGAUUGGACGUCUAUCGCCGUCAAUGGCGCUAAAACAAUGGAUUCGAUGUCUAUCACUGUCAACGGCACUUAGAGACAACCACACUAAAAGAUACAAGCACGUACAUAGUAGAGUCACAUAAACUUCUCCAAAUCUCUCCAGAGUGCCUUUGUGUGUAGUAAAAAUGUGUGUGGGUGCCUUGCAUCACGGGUCGCCACGACAACAAAGGUUGUCCGGUUGUGGAGCAGCGAGAAAGCACGCGGAUGCGGACAUCCCCGUCUGCAAGCCUUGGACAUUUUUCUUCUGUUUAAGGAACCACACGAUACGUCCGACUGAAUUUUUUAUAUACGCGAGCAGGUGAACUUUUUCUGCAUGAGUUCAACUCGAGAAGAAAAGUUGACGGGCUGGAUCGGGACGAGUAUUUUUCUAAAGCAACACAACCUCAAAAGAUACGUAAGGUGCAGAGACGCUUUAACAGCCUUCCUGUGUGUGUUGACCAUGUUUUAAAUUGUACAUAAAAUUGGAUUGUAUAAUAAAUCUUGUCUCUUUCAUUCAA